AUUGGGGCAUGUGGCCACAGUAGUCGGUCUUUAAAAAUAGCAGAGGUCUAUAUCUCCAGGGUAGCUUGCGAAGGCCCAGGAAGCUGGAUUCAAGAGCCGUACUGGAAUAAAUCCGCACGGAAGUUGAAGAAGAAGAAGAAGAAGAAGAAGCGUGUUGAUUUUGGUUUUCUCGAUUGGGCUCCGUAAAAGUUAGGAAAACCUUUUCCAGUCCAUGAAACGGAGAAGAGCAGUUUUGCCGGUUUAAGUGCGAUGAUGGCAGGCCCCGUAGAUACUAGGAAAAGAUCUCGCGAGGAAGAGCAGAAUGAGUUCAUGCCUUUAUCGAAGCGAAUCAACAAUCUGCACUUGAACAAUAAUCAGGGCAACCUGGGCGGAGUGCUAGCGGAACAGCUCGGAGCAACGUCGAAUCACCACGGACAGUUUGCUAUCGGUGGUCAGCCAGCAGACUACGCUAAUCACGCAAAUCAUCAUCAUCACCAUCUCCACCAGCAUCAUCUCGGAGCAAGUGCUGUUGCUGCUAACGGCACAAGCAACACUAGCAGCAACAAUGGAACCCUCAUCCUAGCUGCCAAUAGUGGCAGCAAUAGUCCUGCCUCGACACACGCCUCGACCAUUUCCAUCAACGGAGAAAUUCUCGGCGAAUACUGUCCGGUGCUGUCUGCAGAGGAAAACCCGCACUACUUCACGAAGAACAAAGUGCUCUACGACCUGUACAUCGAGCGCAUGAGACGGCUGCAGUAGACUACUGUGUGUGAUACGGUUAAGCAAGGAGACGACUCUAUCUUUUAGUACUGUAGUUUAUUCCGCUUGUCCCGGGACUAAUCUCGCUCCAUAAGUAAGACGCGAUGCGUUUUUUAAACAUUAAUUUACUAAAUUUGUCGAUCUACGUUUUUACUCUUCACUAUGCGCUGGCAAACAUUAGGGUAGCCGUUUGUGUUCAUGGCGCAAGGAGUGUCUACAUGUUUUCUUUUUUAAAUCCCUCGUAACAUUAACACCAGUCGUAGAGGAAGGAACUACUAUUAUCCAAAGACGCUUACGGAGAAAAUCAUUACCCCGUUUCAGUGGGAAAAGAGUGAAUUAAUAACAAACGAAUAAAGGGUCUGGUACUCGAAAUCAA